AUGCCGACUUGCACCAUGUAGCUUGUAAUAUAGUAAAAAAACCUGGCAACAUUUAUUACCUUUAUAAACGGGAGAGUGGUCAGCAGUAUUUUUCUAUUAUUUCUCCAAAGGUUGCUGGGAGAGACAACAGUGUCACAGGACCGUGCAGCUCCGCCCCUUCCCUUGCAUCUUCUCCCGUGGGGUCCUGGAAGCCAGUGCUGCUCUGACUCAGCGUUAGGGCAGGUAAGCAUCCUGACAAAGUGCGUGACCCUCCCAAGAUUACUGUCAGCGACCAGGACCCUGUGGGCUUCAUGCUGGGCACAGGGGACCUCAGUCUGCACUCAAGUUGCUUGCCCUGCAGUCGACAAGGAAGACAAGAGAGGCGGUGCCAGUGUAGAGUGCCGAGUGUCACACGGUGAGCACACGGACAUGUGGCAGUGCGGAGGAGGAGUACUCACUCCAGGGGAGAGUCAGCCUUCCCAAAGAGGACCACCGGCCAACCCGAGAGCAGAGGGAGGGCCGGAGCCAGGGGCAGUGGAGAGAGGAGGCUGGGGGCUGAGCCAGCCUCAUCAUAAGGGCUUGUACGCCAAAGGAAGGAGGUGGACUCCAUCCCGGGGGAAUGGGGAGCCACUGACGGGCUUCCACAAAGUUCGGGAGUGACACGAUCUAGUCCUGCAGGCCAAUGCUGCGCAACGCCUCAGCUCUGAACCCCUCCUCAGAGAAGUCUUGUCUGAGCCCUCUGUCAGGCUGGACCCUCUUCCAUGCUCCUCUGGCAGCCUGGUCAAAUCCCCUUUUGGUUGAACACCUCUGCUGGCCUGAGCUCCUUGAGACACGAGGCCAGGUCUUAAUCUUCUCCACGUCCCAAGCACCAGGCACUCAUUCUUGCUCAUGACCAAAUGUUUAUUGAAUGAAUGGAUUGCUCCUUUCUUGUCUGGAUUUCUAGAGCCCUUACUCUCAGGUCCACAUCCUUUUACACCCGGAACCUGUGCAUUAUGUUGAAAAUAGCAUUUAAUUGCGAAAGAGGAGGCCCAAUUCAAGUCCUGGCUCCAUUUCACGGGGCCAAGUCACUUGACUGUCUUGAAACCUCAGAUUCUUCAUCUGUAAGAUGGGGUACCAUCGUGAACAGAGUCUGGGAGUCCCCACAUGCACGCGUGAGUCUUGUGUCCCUGGGUAGACUGUAUGCUCCGUGAAGGUGUUCCCCAGCACCUAGUGCAGUCUGAGCUUACAGGGAGCACAGUGCUCAGUCCUGUUGGUUGGUAGACAGCAGAGUGCAGAGUGGAGGGGAAGGUACACCUAAGGUGAAGUUGUAAGCCCUGUCCUGCCACUUCUGUGUGACUUUGAGCAAGGUUCUUCCCCUCUCUAAGUCUUCCUUGCCUCAUCUGGCAACUAUGGAUAUUAACCGUCACUUGGCAGACCUUACGGGCCAAUGGAAACCAUAGACAUGAAAAUGCUUCAUGCAUGAAAGAGAUGAUAGAGUAGAUAACCGAUCAUUAAUUAAAAACAAAAAGACAAAAAAAAAACAACUCAAGGAGUACAGAUGAGGUGUGCGUGGCAAUUGGUAGAAAUGCCCACAGGCAUCUGCUGACUACCCCUGACAGGCAGAGAUGCUGGGUUGCUGCCCUGGCAGCAGCUGGGCUGGGGACAGAGGUGUUUGGUCUUGCUGGGGUCAGCCCUGGGGCGCGGGAGAGACCGGGAGGGAGGGGUUCCUGAGGAGGGACUGAGCAGCCGGCCUUGGCUCUCCUUCCCUCCCGGAUUUCUUAGGCAGCGUUCUUCUGUCUUAGGUUUUGAGGGGUCUCAGGAGGAGUCCUGAUGGCCUUGGUGAAUGGGACCUGCCUGGGGGAGCAGUGAACCCCUUAGUGCUGCCUGAUCCACUCCCAGUUCCAAACUCCCAGUCUAGCCCCCUCCUCCCGGCCUCUGACAUCUUGGUGGCAGGGCUUAUGGGCCCUAAUUUGUCUUAAGUCCAGCCUGGGGCAGAGACAGGGGCUGGGCAGAGGGAGUCUCAGCUUCCUCACCUCUAAAAUGAGUGAGGAUGAAACGAGAAAGCGGCUGCGACAACACCUCGGAACUUGCGUAUUUUAUUCAGGUGCAGGAUUGCUGUUUGUGGGCAGCGUGUUUAUGGUGACCAGUGGGGCGUCCCUGUUUCAGGGAGCACUGGGGCUCUUUCUCCCCGAGAAACUUGGUGCCACAGGCCAUUUAUGUGUAUGGAGUGCAGGUUUGGUGUUGGAGGCAAAAUAGAGCCGGCCAGGCUAUGGAAACAGGCAGGGCCAGCUGAUUCCCUGGGCUCUGAGGGGCCCGGGGCAGGGCUGCUUCCUCUUGGGCAGGAUGAAACCACCCCAUGGGGCUGGCCCCCUGAGCUCCUCCUUGGCCUCCUACCCCACAGACCGCCUCCUUCCGGACCUGUGCCCCCGGCAGAGGAAACACCAGGCUUAGAAUCCAGCAGGCAGGAUUACCUUUCACUCACUGAGGAUGUGAUUUGAGCCAAUAUAUCUCCAUUUCUCUGAGGCUCAGAUUUUGCAUUCAUCAAAUAAUGACAGCACCGUCUCCUGAGGUCGUCAGGAUCAGGAGAGAGAACAGAGUGAAAGGUGCCUUGUGCGCCGUUUUGUGCUGGACGCAUUCAUCUCUUGUCUCUCAUCUCUUCCCCUGUCGGAGCUGGGCCUGAUGUUCUGGUUGGGGCUUGUCAGAACCAGGACCUCGGGGCACCCCCGCUGCAGCCCCGUCCUUCCGAGGGAAAGAGCAAGGCCUGCAGGACAAGGGAGGCUGACUCUGCAGUGGGUCCCUUUCGUGCUUUCUACCCCUCGGGUAGCCUCUCGCCCCCUGGAACAUUCCUGGGGGUGAGGGGCUUGCCCUUUCCCAGUGUUAUUUUUUAUUCCUGUGGGGCUCCCCUCACAGGAAUAAAAAAUAUGAAAAGUAGCUUUGUAAAUUUUUUUUUUAAAGGGCUCACCUAUGACAAAAGGCUCAUCUCCCAGAUAGGGGAAGGGCCCAUAUCCCUUAUCCCCUGGGCCAUGGGGGUACCAGGAGGACCAACCGUGGGCUGGAGGGAGGUCUGCACUGUAGGCAAGGGGGCAGACGGAGGGGUUGGAGACUGUGGCUGUACUGGCGUGGGGGCUUUGCUGUUGUGCCUUCCCAAGACACCCAUUUUUAGCACCUUGGUCUUUACCUCCUGGUGUCCUCCAGCUACCUCCUGUCUCAUUCUAGUCAGUGAAACAGUGUUGGGAGGGUACAGUUCUGGGAUGAGGUCCAGGGAACAGGAGCUGCCUGGUCCUGGGAGCCUCUUUUGGGACACUUUGACCUUGGGAACCCCUGAUCCCUCUCCCCGGAGCCCCAGAUCCGUGCACCAGGUUCUUCCUGACCAACGACCAGAUCCAUCUCUAUAUGAAUGAGUUCUCCUGGAAGGACGUUACCAAUGCCUUGUCCCUGGCCAACAUGAUCCUGGGGCUCUUCUCCAUCUUCUGCAGCGUCUGCAAGAAAUGCUACAGUGCCUCCUGGAUGCUUCUGAUCAGCUUCCUAUUAGACAUGGCAGUUGGGACGAUAACCAGACACCUCAGCCUCUGCUCCAGAUCGGGGGUGGAGCUGAAUGACUUUGCUGUCUUCACCACCUUUGGCCUGGCCUCAGCCCUGCUCCUAGGCGUGGAUGGGCCUCUGAAUGCGUUCCUGGCCGUCAUCUAUGUGUUAGCUGCUACCUUCCGCCUGUGUUUUUAUUCAACCGGUGUUCCCUUCACAUACAAGGGUCUACCCUGCCGCUAUGCUUCCUGUGUUUUGGCCUCCACCUGCCUUCUGACCAAAGGCAACACGUUCAUUCUGUCUUGCAUGGCCUCACUUAUGAUUCUGUUCAUGAUGGACCAGAGCUACUAUCCACGUGAUGAGAUCCUGGGGUCUGAGAACUGGAAAAAAUUGAUUUAUCUGGGGGGUGUCAUCAUGCUGCUUGUGUCUCCAUUCUCCCUAACUGCUUUUUACUGCCUGAUGUGGUCGCUGUCCUACAUCUUCUUUCCAGAUGCUCUGUGGGGCAAGGCAGCAUGCUUCAGGCUACAGCACCAAAGAAAGUGAACAGCUUCACCCACUCCCACUGGCCUCUGUGGGGUUUGUGCCAGCAUAUCGGGCCAAGCCUUGCCUUAUCCUCACUAAAUCUUUCUUUGUCCCUAUG